CUCAAUUCUUUCCCUCAUCCUUCUCUUCUUCUUCUUUCAAGAACCCUACCUCCUCCAUAACCAAUCCCAUCUCUAAAACCAUCAAAUCUUAACCAAAUCGAGUGGUUCUUGCAUCUAUCUUGCCUAAUUUUUCGAGGAGAACAAACCCCUAACAAUUAUUUUACCCGAUUCACGUUCGUCUGAGAGAAAUCAUAGAAGUGGGUGACGAACCCUAAUCUUCUAAAUUGGGGGUUUUUGUCUGGGAAGUGCCGUAUACUUCAAUUAAAGCAGAGUCAAGUGUUUCUAAACACGAGAGGAUGGCAAAAUCAAAGGAAGUUGCAGGAAAAAGCAAAGGGAAAGGUGUUGCUAGUUCAUCUUCGAAAUCUUCGAAGGCGAAACCGCGUGGAACUAAGCAAGGAAAGUUGAUAUUACGUGACGGGCCCAAUGAGCCAAUGCCCCAAGCACGAGUACCACCACAACAAGGACGCGAAGAACCUCCGCUCAAGCCGUAUUGGAAAGGUGGCCUUUUAACAAAUAUACAUGAGUAUUGGCAAGCGGAGUGCUUUGAUGAUAAGAUGGACAAGAUAGGUGUUCGAAAAGACGGAUUCAUGUGCGAGAAGGAAGUGGAUAUUGAUCACUUUAGACCGUUUGGCAUAGUUAAAAAAUUCGAAGAGUUAGGAUGGGAAGCCGCGUUGAAGUGUUAUGACGGAGAGAAAAAUAAAGUUUAUCUUGAUGCCAUACAAGAAUGGGUUGGAAAUUUGAUAUUGGGUUCGGAAAAUCAUCCAAGAAACAUGACGUUGACUGGUUCGGUUGGUGGUGUUGAUGUGGUUAUGUCAGCGUAAACCUUAGGUGAAAUUGCUAAUUUUGAUUCGAAAAAGCAAUACACAUAUCCAAGUGAAGACCUUUUGUACGAUAACCCAGAUAAGAACCCAAAAUGGGAGGCAAUGGUGAAAGAGUUAUUUUUGGAAGGUAAAGUUGCAGGAAUGAAGAGGGAGAAUUUGAAGCUUCCGGCAAGAUUGCUAUUGAGUAUUGUGCAACAAAAUGUUUUGCCGAGAAGAAGUGACAGAUCAAAUCUUCGGAAGCCAGAUGUUCCAAUUCUAUA